AACAACAAAGUCUCGCUUGCAUGUCGCAUGGUGAUGGUGGUGGGUCAUUGAUGAUCUUCAAAUUUCACGACUGAGCUUCGCGCAAGUUUGCGCACUUGUGCAAAAACGGGGUUUUCGUCUUUAUUUUUAGCACCUGGUUUGUUACGCCGAGGGUUCGCUUCUUUGGCAGGCAUCACCAUGGUCCAUUCACUGCGUCCUCUUGUCCUCUGUGGCCCAUCUGGCUGUGGAAAAUCAACUUUGCUGCGCCUAUUGUUCGAUGAAUUUCCUGACAAAUUUGGAUUUAGUGUAUCACAUACCACACGCUCACCUCGUCCUGGUGAGGUGGAUGGUAAGCACUAUCACUUCACCACCAGAGACGAAAUGACAGCAGCUAUUGAGCGUGGAGAAUUCAUUGAGAGUGCAGUAUUUUCGAACAAUAUGUAUGGCACUAGCAAAGCUGCUGUUGCCGCAGUUCAAGCUCUAGGAAAGAUUUGUGUCUUGGAUAUAGAGGUAGAGGGUGUGAAGCAGGUGAAACAGACCGACCUAAAUCCGAUUUAUAUAUUUAUUAAACCACCGUCAAUGGAAGAGCUUGAGAAACGAUUAAGAGAUCGCAAUACUGAAACAGAAGAGAGUUUGCAAAAACGCUUGACUACAGCACGCUCAGAGUUGGCUUAUGCUGACAUCCCUGGCAACUUUGACUUAGUUUUUGUUAACGAUAAUCUUGAGAAAGCCUACGCCCGAUUUAGGGACUUUAUCCUUGGGGAAGAGAAAAAAGGAAGCCCUUCUUCUGCUGACACAACUUCUCAAGGCUAGAAAUAUCAGCCCAUGGAAGCGGCCACAUCAUAUAGAGAAUGGUAUAAUGAAGAUCUUUUGCACAGCCUUGGUUCAGGGUUGGCUAUUAGCAGCAUAGAUUUUAUUGUGAUGACUAGAGUUUGGGCUACUAAAAAGGAUACAAUUCUAAUUAACUAUCUAGACGUUUUGACUAUGGUAUCUCUGUUUUUAAUUAUUAUUGUUUUCACAGUAUAUUAAUUGCUUGUUCAGUUUGAAAAUAUGUUAAUUCAUAAAUGUAUUUUUGUCAUUCCACAUGUCUUAUUUUACUUCUGGGAUAUCCUGUCAUGAUUAGUUUUUUUUUUCUAUUGCUUGUACAGUAUUAUAGAUACUGUUUGAAGAACACUCAUAUAAGUGCCUGUUUUAGGUUAAAUGAACUAAUAUUUUUUUGUGGGGCCUGUCAGUCAUUGAUGUUUCAGUUUUCCUAUUCAUAUUAUAUUGUCCAUUUUUAAAGUAGAUUUCAAAGUCCCUGCUGUGAAUAGAUGUAUACUCAAUGAGUGUGAGCCACUAGUCUUAACCAGUGUUGUAGAGUAACAGCAUACUGCCUCUGAAAUUGUGAUUUACUUGUGAUUGUAUCGUGUAUGGAUAUUCCAUGUGUGUUAGUAUUAACGGAAAGAUUUUUGUCUUGUUUUAAGAACUGGUGAGGCAUUUACAAGUGAACUCCAUUCUGCAUUUCUAUUUUAUAUGGCAUUAAUUAAAGACUUAGCCAGCCUUAACUUUAACAUAUAAAUUAAUUGUUAUCAUGAAAUGCCUGUUUAGCGUCCUAUGUUGUAGACAAAGUACUAAUUCAAAACCAUAAUUGCAUAGAGCUCGUAUGUCAACAUUAUAUCAUGUGUAGUUCUGAUUCUGAUCUAGGCAACUGUAAACUUCAAAAUAGUACAAAAUGUAAUGCACAUAAUGUGUAGGUAAUGAAAAGCUUACUUACAAGAAAGAUAGAAUGUAAUUCCCCCUAUUGCAUGAAAUAUUUAGGAGACAUUCACAGUAGGUAUUCAUAGUUUUUUAACCCAAGUAGCAGAUACCCAAGCAUUUGUAAUGUUGGUCAAUGUGAUUUGUCUACUGAUGUCAUGCCUAUUGACACAAAAAUGAUUUCUAUCAGCCUGCAAGACAGUAAAAAAAAAAUAUGCAGGAUUACCAUCAAGUUUUAGUCUCAAAAUGAAUGCUGUGACUUUGAACAUGAGAAUUGUGUAAAUAUUUUAUCAUUCUGAUGUAAUUUCCACUUAUCUCUACUACUUGUGUACAUGCAGCCAAAUCAUUGCAAAUUGGUUGAGUUAAGUCAGCUCCUAGACAUGAAAAAAAUGCAAUAGAAAUUUCAGUUUAAUUAGAA